GACCUUUAGAGCGUAAAAUUUUAGUACUCAACUUCUGAAUUCAACCCACCCUAAAUACUAAAUACUCCAUAAUGAUAAAUUGUUCAGACUAUCAAUCAUACAAUCAAGUUUUUGAGAUACUAGAACUAGAAUAUUCUUUCAGAAAAUAACAAGUUAUUAUAGUUUUGUUCAUUCACUACUUUUUCAAAUUUCUGUCAUACAAAAUACAAGAGGGGAAGGCACGAAAUACGUUCAAAAAUUGAAGUUAUUAAAUCAAUUUUUAUUAAUUAAUGCUCCAGAACAUACACAAAAAUAAAUAAAUGUAUUUGGGUAAGUCAUUGGGAUCCAAUCUUUGUCUUUUUCUUUUCCAUUCUUUCCCAAAAGAAUUUGUCAGUAAUAAUACGACUCCUAAUACUCAUAAGCUUAGUGAUAAAAUUGUCAGUAUCUGACUCUUAUUUCAUGUCAAUAUCACUGCCAGAGCUAAUUCUGUUAUUACUAGCAUGUGGAAUAUCUCUGAAAUCUUUGCUUUCAUUUCAAUAUAUUUGAAAUAAUUCCAAUAAGGAAAUUCUGUGUUAUUUUUAAAAAUCUAGAGCGGGGCCCUCUCCGGCAUCAGACAUGGCAGUAAAAAAGUUUGAGAAAAUUUCACACCUGAUUAAUUACAAAAAAUACCUGAUAAAAGCACGUAAACACACUGAUUGUAACGGAAAUAGGAACCAAACCCAUUUAUAUAGAGUGAUUUCUCUUUAAGCAAUAUAAAUUAAAUCAAUUCACAAUUUUUAAUGAUCAUUUUGCUAGCAGGCAAUGGCAACACCACAGAAAGGGGUAUUAAUGAGGGUCACAAAAUGUGGAGGAAAACCCCAUAGUGAAAAAGUGGUUUUGAGGUCCUUACUAAACAAUUCAUAACUUUUGAAUCACUUGAGCUAGAAAGUUGUAUUUUUGUAAACCAUUCUCUAGGCUCUAUACAGCUUUAGUAUUUUUGUUUAAUUUAAAUUUUCAUCAAAGUGCCUUAUAAUUAUAAAAUUUAUUUGAUUAGAAAAUCCAAAAAUAAUUAUUGAAAUCAUGGAUCUAAAUCUAGCCUAUUAUGACAAAUACUAUUAGACUAGACUAUUACUUGUUAGGUCCUAAUAUUUUAUUUUAAUUUCUAUUUCUUAAGUUGAAAUUCAGUAUUAGUGGUAGUUAAUUAGUCUCUAUGGACUAAGACAAGGACAAGAGCGUAAGAUUAGACCUAUCACCUGUAUUAAUGAAUUGUUGUAGACUGCAUAAUUUGAGUAUAACAUGUCAACAUGCUCCAUGAUGAAGUGAGAAUAGACUUGUAUUUUUGUAAGGAACACCAUAAGAAUUAUAAUUAUGUCAGUAUCAGCAUCACCACAAGACAACAUAAUCCAUUUUAUUAUUUUGAUAUUAUAAUAUGAUCAUGAUGUAUGUAUAAUAUUAAUAAUAGCAUUUUAAAAAAUUUCUUGCCUGCUUUUCACAGUCAUGUCACUUGGUAAUGUUGAGAAAGAGAUUCAAUGCGUUUUACACUGGUUCACAACAUGGAGUCACUUACAGAAGCAGGAUUUCCUCAAGGAUCUACUUGAUAAGUAAGAACUAAUGUACCUCAGUGACUCAGUGUGUUUCCUACUCUCACACAACACUUUCCUCAGUGUGUUACCUAGUUCACAAAUUUUCCUCAGUGUCUAACCUAUGUUCACACACAAUUUCCCUCAGUGUUACCUAUGAUUAAUUUACCUCAGUGUGUUACCAACUCUCACACAACACUUUCCUCAGUAUGUUACCUAGUUCACAAAUUUUCCUCAGUGUGUUACCUAUGUUCACGCAACAAUGUUCCCUAUGAGCCGUACAUAUUUCCUCUAAGUGAUCUCUAACUGCAUUGGUGAGAACAUUACACAAAAGAUUGGCUGUAAAUAAGGGUAAAAUAAGAGGCACCAUUCAGGGCCUUGAGAGGCAACUAAGUGAACCACUUGGGCCCCUGUCUGCUUGGGGUUCCCCAGGGGCAGAAAUGUAAAUGUAUGAUACAAUUUAUUUUCACAUUUUGGGGUUGGGGGGGGGGGGCAAAACUUUAAUUUCCUCUAGGCACAAAGCUCCUCUGCACAGCUCUGGGACCAUUCAACCAUUGCUCACAGCUUUGUUGGACUGGUAACACAAUAUGAUUUUCCUCUUUCUUAAAUCUUUAUAGCCCUGAUGUUUGUAUCAUGGCUUUCAUUCAAAGCAAUUAUUGCAUAAAUUUAGCAGUGAAGACUCAUUCUGGUCCUUGGUUCCAAUUUGUUUCUUUGUAAUUAUUGUGCAGUAAGGAAAAUUUUGAUGCCAGUAUUGACAGUUUUCUAAUUUGUCAGUCACUCAUGUUGUAUUAUAGAUGUUUACUAACACUGGAUGCUACUAACAUACUGCAAUUAGGUCUCCAUUUCUUCAUUCCUCAGACUUAUACCGAACUAUGUUGAUUCACUCUUUGAUUCCAUGAAGUCACUAGGUGUAAGUGACAAGCCACCUAGUAUAUUUCAGUGCCAACUCAAGCUAUUUUCUCAGUGGUUCUCAAACUGGACAGAUGCUGAGCGAAAAGAUUUUAUGAUCAAAAUUCAAUGCAUUGACCCUGGAUUUGUUGCCACAUUUAAUGAACAAGCCACUCUGCUGGUCCAACAAGGGUCCUAGCACACAGACAAGCAACUCUUUUGGUCCAACAAGGGUCCUAGCACACAGACAAGCAACUCUUUUUGUCCAACAAAGGUCCUAUCACACAGACAAGCAACUCUUUUGGUCCAACAAGGGUCCUAGCACACAGACAAGCAACUCUUUUGGUCCAACAAAGGUCCUAGCACACAAAAUAACAUUUCUGUUGGUCCAACUAGGGUCCUAGCACACAAACAAGCAACUCUUUUGAUCCAACAGAAGCCCUAGCACACAGAGAAGCAAAUCUGUUGGUCCAACGUUUGUUUUAGCACAUGUCAUUGCUGGCUUGAGUGUAGACUCCUAGCUCUAAUACUAAUGACUUCCAUUUUAGAUUAAAGUUGAAUGAAAACUGAAUGUUUCAGUGGCAGCAACUUUUUAUUGAACAUCAGAUAUUUAAUUCACAGGUCUUCAUUGAACCUGCAUUUUAAGUUCAUUUAACUAUGAAUAUUUACAAAUGCAUUGUCAUCUUAGUGAUUCAAUUUAGCCAUUAAUUCUAUCUGCAUUGUUAAAUUCAUUCUUGAUGUUUAAGAUAAAAUUAUAAAAUUGAUUCAAAUUUUAAUAACAGG